AUUUUCUUUUUAUCUUGUUGACUAGCCCAUACAGUGUUUUUUAUAUGCUAGAAGACACAUCAUGAGUUAAAUAGACAGUCAAGUGUCAUGGUUGAGCAUUUUCACUAAUUUUCACUAGUGCGCUAAUGACAAAAACCCAGAUUCAGACUUAUGGGGUUUAAUGCGGGACAAACUUGAGGAACCAAUCCUGUCAUCCAGGUGGAGAGAGAGGUGGCAACUUCAUCGUUGUGCACAUUCUAGAGGAAGAAACUUCUAAAUGUGUAAUUUUGAUACACAGAGAUGCAUUUUUAGCUGUUUAAUCAAUGACUUGAGAGCAACUUUAAACCCAUUGGUCCUGCAUCCAGACAGAUUAAAUCAGCAACCAAAUGGAAGAAACCUGAACCUCCUGAGGUGAGGAUUGGGAUAAACAAGGUCGGAUUGGACCUUCUUUGUAAAUCUGGCUUCACACAGUUGGGAGAGGAUGUUCAGAUUACUUCCUGCAAUUUUGCCGCACAAUCGAACAGUUCCCUCCACCCAAACGAGCAAAUAAAAGAAAGUUCAAACAGAUUCUGAAAAACAAAAGUGGUGUCAAGAUUAAAAUCUUGCUGAUAACUUUUAACUUUAUAUUUAACAUUUGUUUUUGGUGUUGCUUAUAUGGUAUUGCCUAUUUUGUAGUCAUACACAGGGUUACACUUCCCUUUAUGAUGUAAAUAAAUGGAAGUUUCCAUCUUUUAUUGCAUUUCAAUCAUCAUCAAUAUAUUUUGGCUACUUUUGAUGAACUUUACAAAAAAAGAGAUUCUUUCAUGUUAAAGGGAAACUGGUUUCUACAAAGUAUUGUCCGGUAAUUGAAAAUAAAAAUGUAAAAUAACUGACUAUAAGUAUUUACCCCCUUCAAGUCAGUAUUUAGUAGAUGUACCUUUGGGUGCAAUUACAGCUUUGAGCCUUGUAGAUAGGUCUUACUCAGCUUUGCACAUGACACAGCAAUUUUACUCCAUUCUUCUUUGCUGAACUGCUCAACCUCUGUCAGGUUGCAGAGGGAUUGUAAGCAAACAGCCCUUUUCAAGUCCAGCCAAAAAAUCCUACUUGGACUCCUACUUGGCCACUCCAGGAUCACCUUGUUGUGUAGCGUUGACUUCAUGGUUUGGAUCAUUUUCCUGAGGGCAAACACAUUUUCUCCUACGUUGCAGUUCCCUUGCAGCCUGUAUCAGAUAUUCCUCCAGGAUUUCCCUUUACUUUGGUGCAUUCAUUUCACCCUCUACCUUUAUUAGCCUUCCAGGACCUGCUGCAGGGAAGCAUCAAGCCCACAACAUGAUGCUGCCUCUACCAUGCUUCACAGUGGGGAUGGUGUGUUUGUGAUGAUGUGCAGUAUUUGAUGUUGCCAAACGUAGCAUUUAGUAGUCAAAAAGCUCAGUUUUGGCCUCAUCAGAUUUUCUUACAGUUGACUCAGGAGUCUGUCACAUACCUUCUGGCAAACUCAAUAUGAGGUUUUUCUUUUCAAUUGUAGUUUUCUCCUUGUGACUCUUUCGUAAGGCAAAAAACUUUGAAGGGGGCGUAAAUAUCUUUUACAGGCACAUGAUCUGGUUUGUCAGCCACUCCUAUCAGAUAAUAAAUAAGACUGUGAGACUGUAGGGAGGAGAAGUAAGAGUGCAGAUGGAGGGAGGUAGGUGCAUAAAAGAAGUGCUGCAGAGCAGUACAGUAACAGCAAAUAUGGGAUCAGGAAGGAGGAUGUGCGACACUCAGCUUUGGCUUUUGGCCCUGCUGACCUUUUUCUCUGUGAUUUCUCUGACUGAUGGGUCACCAAUGAAAGUGAUGUCGGCCCCCAACUUGUUGCGGGUGGGAACACCAGAAAAUAUCUUUGUGGAGUGUCAAGACUGCACCAAUGAGAAUGAUUUCAUGGUUGAUAUCAACGUAAUGAAUUAUCCAACCAAAUCCAAACGGCUGGUGACCACGUCUGUGAACCUCACCAGUACAAACAAAUAUCAGGGCUUUGGACAAAUUAUGAUCCCCCCUGCAGACUUCAAAAGGGAUCCAAACAUGAGGCAGUAUGUUUACCUGCAAGCUCACUUCCCUGAUGUAAAACUGGAGAAAGUCGUCCUAGUGACCUUCCAUUCUGGCUAUAUCUUCAUCCAGACAGAUAAGAUCCUCUACACACCCAGCAGCAAAGUUCAUUUCAGAGUAUUUGGACUGACACCUCGCUUGGAGCCUGUGGAGAAGAAUGAUGAGACCCGACCUGAUGCUUUUAUUAACAUUGAAUUUGUGACCCCUGAAGGCAUCAUUUUAUCGCGCGAUCCAGUCUUUCUGAAGUCAGGGAUUUACUCCGGAGAUUUCCAACUUGGUGAAAUUGUCAGCAUUCGUAGCAUUGGACUGUGGAAAGUGGUGGCGAGGUUCCACACCAAACCACAGACAAACUUCUCUGCAGAAUUUGAGGUCAAAGACUACGUGUUGCCCAGUUUUGAGGUCAAACUGAUGCAUCAAAGUCCUUUCUUCUACGUGUCCAGUCCAGAGCUCACCGUCAAUAUCAAAGCUACGUAUCUGUUUGGUGAGGAGGUGGACGGAUCAGCCUACGGUGUCUUUGGGGUCAAGCAUCAGGGUCAAAAGAGGAGUUUUCCCAGUUCGCUUCAGAGAGUGCUGAUUGAGAACGGAGAAGGAAAGGUGACACUGAAGAAAGAGCACAUCACACAGAUCUUCGAAAACAUCCUGGAUCUGGUGGGCAGCUCCAUAUAUGUAGCUGUUAGUGUGCUGACAGGCAGCGGUAGUGAAAUGGCAGAGGCAGAGUUGCAAAAUAUCCAAAUUGUCACAUCCCCUUACACCGUCCACUUCAAGAAAACGCCUAGAUAUUUCAAACCAGGAUUGUCCUUUGAUGUUGUGAUUGGAGUUAUGAAUCCUGAUGACACUCCGGCAAGAGGUGUUCUAGUGGUGGUCGAGCCUGGGGAGGUGGAGGGCAUCACUGGAGCCAACGGCAUGGCGAGGCUUACCGUCAAUACAGUGGAAAAUAGUCAAGCACUGGUUAUCACAGUAAAGACCAAAGACCCUCGUAUUUCACCUGAAAGGCAAGCAUCAGCCAACAUGACGGCUCUCCCAUACAGCUCCAACAGCAACAACUAUAUCCACAUAGGCAUUGAUGCAACUGAAGUCAGUCCAGGAGAAAACCUGAAAAUGAACCUCAACUUCAACAAGCAGAGCAAUGAACAAACUGACAUCACGUACCUGAUCCUGAGCAGAGGUCAGCUGGUGAGUUAUGGCCGUUACAAGGCAAGAGGUCAACUUCUGAUCUCCGUGAUGGUCACCAUUUCCAAAGAAAUGCUGCCAUCGUUUCGCAUCAUUGCCUACUACCAUCCAAGUGACACUGAAGUGGUAUCGGACUCUGUCUGGGUGGACGUAAAAGAAUCCUGCAUGGGUUUGCUGAAACUGGAACCAUCAAAACCUGCUGCAUCCUACAUGCCUCGCAAAAUGUUUCAACUAAAAGUCACAGGAGAUCCUGAAGCCAUCGUGGGACUGGUGGCAGUUGACAAAGGCGUCUACACUCUAAACAACAAGCAUCGCCUCACUCAAAAAAAGAUCUGGGCCAUGGUAGACAAGUCCGACACCGGCUGCACACCAGGUGGUGGAAAGGACAGCAUGAGCGUUUUCAGUGAUGCCGGGCUGCUGUUCGAGACUAACUUGGGUUCUGGGACUCCCUACAGACAAGAACUGAAUUGUCCAGCCCCCAGCAGGAAGAAACGAGAUGCAGCUUUGAUGAAUAUCACAACCAGCUUAUUGAGUCAGUAUGAUGAAGAACUGCAACGUGAUUGUUGUUUGGAUGGUAUGAGGGAAACCCCUGUUUCAUACUCCUGCGAGAGGCGCAGUGAGUAUAUCUUGGAUGGUGCAGCCUGCGCCAUGGCCUUUCUGAACUGCUGCAGGGAGAUGGAACGCAUCCGAGGUGAGAAGAGGGAGGGAAGUCUCCAACUGGCUCGCAGUGAGGAGGAUGACACCAGUUACAUGGACAGUAGCAACAUUGUUUCUCGCACAAACUUCCCUGAAAGUUGGCUGUGGUCAGAUAUCAAACUGCCUGCUUGCCAUCAACCCAACUGUGUGUCCACAAUAUUUGAGAAAACUGUUCCUUUGCAAGACUCCAUCACAACCUGGCAGUUCACUGGCAUCAGUUUGUCAAGAAGUUACGGUAUCUGUGUGGCUGAUCCAUUGGAGAUAAUUGUCCGGAAGGACUUCUUUGUUGAGCUCAAACUGCCCUUCGCUGCUGUCCGUGGAGAGCAACUGGAGAUUAAGGCAGUCAUCCACAACUACAGCCCCAAUCUUCUUACUGUGCGUGUGGAGCUAAAGGAGGAGGCGGAUUUGUGCAGUGCAGCUUCUAGACGUGGAAAAUAUGAGGAGGAAGUUGAAGUUGAGGCUGGAAGUGCACGAGCUGUACCUUUUGUCAUUAUUCCCACAAAGGAGGGAAAACACAAAAUUGAUGUCAAAGCAGCUAUUCGAGACUCAAAUAUCAGUGAUGGAAUCAUGAAGAUGCUGCGAGUGGUGCCUGAAGGCAUACUGAUAAAAACUCCUCAGAUUAUAACUUUGGACCCUGCAACUAAAGGUCUAGAUGGUAAACAAGUGGAAAUCAUCAACAGUAAAAUUCCUCAGAGGGAUUUUGUACCAAACGCACCGACCAGCACACAGAUCACUUUGACAGGGAAAAAAGAAAAUGUGGUGAAGAACGCUAUUACUGGAGAAUCAAUGGGAGCUCUGAUUUACACACCUUCGGGCUGUGGAGAGGAAAACAUGAUGCACAUGACCCACACCGUCAUCGCAACCAUGUAUUUGGACAAAACCAACCAGUGGGAGCCUGUGGGCAUUGAUAGACGUGGAGAAGCCCUCCAACACAUCAGCACUGGUUACCAGAACCAACUUGCCUACCGUAAACAGGACGGGUCUUUUAGUAGAGAUCACGACAAUGAAAGCAGCACUUGGCUCACAGCCUACGUUGUAAAGGUGCUAACGAUGGCCAGCAGUCUGGUGGCAGUGAAAAGCGAAGUCAUCUGCGACGCUGUCAAGUUUCUGAUUGUCAACACACAGCAACCUAACGGCGUGUUCAGAGAAGUAGGAGGAAUUUACCACAGAGAGAUGACUGGUAAUGUCUAUGGUACGGAUUCAGACGCCUCCAUGACGGCCUUCUGCGUCAUUGCCAUGCAGGAGUCACGCACAACUUGUGCUGCCACUGUUAAUAGACUUUCAGCCAGCAUUGACAAAGCAGCGACCUACCUGCGGAAGCGUCAACACAGUUUAAUGAACCCUUAUGCUGUUGCCAUAACGUCAUACGCUCUGGCCAAUGAGAACAAACUGAACCAUGAGAUCCUCUACAAGUAUUCUUCUCCAGAUUUUUCCCACUGGCCUACACCUACUGGACGUCAGCACACUCUGGAGGCCACAGCUUAUGCUCUCCUGGCUUUGGUGAAGGUCAAGGCCUUUGAAGAUGCCAGACCUCUUGUCAGAUGGUUCAACCGUCAGAUAAGGCAGCGUGGAGGCUACGGAUCAACUCAGUCCACCAUGGCAGUUUACCAGGCUGUGACUGAGUACUGGUUCAGUGACAAAGAAUCCGACUAUUUUCUGAAUGUGGACAUCUUGUUGCCGGGCAGAACAAGGCCUGACAAGUACAACUUUAACUGGGAAAACCACUACGCCACAAGAACAUCCAAAAUUAAUGAUAUAAACCAGGAUGUGAAGGUGACUGCAACAGGAAAAGGAGAAGCAACUCUAACAAUGGUGUCGCUGUAUUACGCUCUACCCACAGAAAGGGACAGUGACUGUCAGAAGUUUAACCUGUCAGUGCAGCUCGUUCCAGAGAAGCUGGAGAAGGAUGAGAACAUAUACAAGCUGAAAAUCGAGGUUUUGUAUAAGGACAAGAAGCGCGAUGCAACCAUGACAGUGUUGGAUAUCGGCUUUCUGACUGGCUUUGUUGUGAACACAAAAGACUUGAACUUAUUGUCUAAAGGACGAGCCCGCACUAUUGCAAAAUACAGGAUGGACUCGGUCCAGUCAGAAAGAGGCUCGCUCAUCAUCUACUUGGACAAGGUUUCUCACACACGGCCGGAGGAGAUUAUUUUUAGGAUCCAUCAGAAGCUGAAAGUGGGCGUCUUACAACCAGCAGCUGUGUCUGUCUAUGAAUACACCAGCAGUCAAUACAGAAGUGAAGCAAAUUGUAUGAAAUUCUACCAUCCAGAGAGGAGAGCUGGAGAACUGCUGCGUCUCUGUAGAAAUGAUGAAUGCACAUGUGCUGAAGAGAACUGUAGUAUGCAGAAGAAGGGCAAAGUCGACAACAGUGAACGCGCAGAAAAGAUUUGUGAGACUACAAAGGCCAGCAGAAUCGAUUUUGCGUAUAAAGUGAGACUGGAGAAGUUUACAGACAGUUUGUCCACUGACAUUUACACAGUGCGGGUUCUAGAAGUCAUCAAAGAAGGAAGCAAUGAUGUGGGUCCUCAGGGUAAACUGCGCCCGUUCCUGAGUUAUCGACACUGCAGAGCGGCUUUAGAUCUCUGGAGAGGAAAAACCUACCUCAUCAUGGGGACGGCCCAAGAUAUUUACAAAGACGAACAGAGUCGAUCGUAUCAGUAUGUGCUCGGUGAGAGAACCUGGAUCGAGUACUGGCCUAGAGAAGCCGAGUGUAAAACCCCAAUGUACAAUUCUACCUGUUCAGGCAUGGAGGAGAUGGUGCAGCAGUACACUGUGCAAGGAUGUCUACAUUAGUACAACUGAUGUGAAUAAAAUGUUCUGUUUGGCUGCCAUUCUACAAAUUACAGUGUGAAAGUUCAGUGCAUAUGUUUUGAUUAAAACUUACACAAGUUUAGUGAAUAAGGCUAUCAAGACCUAGAAACAAAUGUCAGCUCUGCAUUGUUAUUUAAAAAAAGCAGAAAAAUAAAACAAAGCAGAACAAAGGAAGUAACAGUGUCAAAUAAA